AUAAGAAUGUGUAGCACAUAAUAAAAGUCGAUAUCUUUUAGAUCGAGAUAUCAAGAAACACGUCUGUAAUCACAACACCAAUGAAGACUGUCUCUGUGUUGGUCUUCUUCUUCCUCUUCUUUCUCAUGAAAAAAUCCAGGAGCAAGAACCUGACACACUGUGUCAGAAUGUUCUCCUGUGGAAGCCUCGACUUCAGGUUCCCUUUCUUUAACACAACCAUGCCGUCUCGGUGCGGUCUCUUCAAGCUUAAUUGCACUGAUCACCAUAUUUCAGAGAUACAGCUUGUGGAAGAAGGGAAAUGGUACAAAGUGACGAGCGUCUCUCAAGCCGAAACCAUAACCAUCACGGACCCAAGGCCUAGCCAAAGCUUGGAAACAGGAUCCUGCAGUGACUUGUCAAGAUUCUCUCUUCCAGAUUCUCCAUGGCUCAAAAUGACCACUUUGUACAAAUGCAACAACAGUAGGAGGAAGCAUGGUUUCAGUUAUGCAAAUUGCAAAGGAGGAGGAAGCAGCUUGUAUUACUCCGAUUUGACAGAUUAUUCAGGGUGUUCAGUUAUCAAGACUCCAGAAAGCUGGGUGAUUUCAAGAAACAAGAACGGGUUUAAUCUUAAUGCUACUUUCUCUCUUCAUAUAAACCUGCCUCGAGGCUGCAGUAGCUGCCAUAGACGAGGAGGACAAUGUACGAUGAUCAAAGAAAAAUUUCGCUGCCGUGGAGGAAGCAAAGAGGACUACCAAGAUGUGAAGUUAAAGCUUGGAUUAGGACUAUCAGCUGGUUUAACUGUUAUUAUCAUUAUACUGGUCCUGAUAACAGUAAGAGUGAAAAAAACAAGAAAGAGUGACUGGAAUACCGAGAGCGUUGAAGCAGUGGUAAUGCUGAAACGAUAUAGUUACGCAAGAGUUAAGAAGAUGACUAACUCAUUUGCACACGUUCUCGGGAAAGGAGGAUUUGGAACAGUAUACAAAGGCAAGUUACCAGAUGGAGGCGUAGAUAUUGCAGUGAAGAUCUUGAAGGAAGGAAAGGGAACCGGAGAAGAGUUCAUCAACGAAGUAGCUAGCAUGAGUAGAACAUCUCAUGUAAAUAUUGUCUCUCUGCUUGGGUUCUGUUAUGAAAGGAACAAAAGAGCUAUAGUAUAUGAGUUCAUGCCUAAUGGAUCCCUUGACAAGUUUAUCUCCGAGAAUAUGUCAACCAAGAUAGAAUGGGAAAGGCUAUAUGACAUUGCGUUAGGUGUCUCUCGCGGCCUAGAGUAUUUACACAACCAUUGUGUAUCGAGGAUUGUGCAUUUCGAUAUAAAGCCGCAAAACAUACUCAUGGACAAGGAUCUUUGUCCCAAGAUUUCAGAUUUCGGUCUUGCUAAGCUCUGCAAAAAUAAAGAGAGCGUCAUGUCAAUGCUAGACGCUAGAGGGACGGUAGGAUACAUUGCCCCUGAAGUGUUCUCGAAUAAUUUUGGAGGAGUUUCGCAUAAGUCAGAUGUGUAUAGUUAUGGUAUGGUGAUCCUUGAGAUGAUUGGAGCAAAGAAUAUAGAAAAUUUUGGAUCCAACAAUAGUUCAAUGUACUUUCCAGAUUGGAUUUAUAAGGAUUUUGGGAGGGGAGAAGUCAUGAGGAUUUUUGGAGAUCAGAUAACCAAAGAAGAAGAGAGAAUUGCCAAGAAAAUGGUUUUGGUUGGUCUAUGGUGUAUUCAGACCAAUCCAUCUGACCGUCCACCGAUGAUCAAAGUCAUUGAGAUGUUAGAGGGGGAUCUAGAGGCUCUCCAGAUUCCAUCUAAACCUCUCUUUUGUUAACCCACUGCAACGGUUCCUGAAACUCUAGAAGACAGUCAUGGGAUUUCAAGCUGCUCUAAACCAAGUAAGUUUGGAAGGCACGCCUACUCUCUCAGCUUUUGAAGAGACACUACGAUUUUCAAAGAAAUGGUUCAGUUACUUGUUGAAGAGAGUCAACAUAUGCAAUGAGACUAUGUUUCUUGAUGCAAACAAGAAACUAUGGAAUAUAUAAAUGUGAACUUAAGCUCUUCAAAACUAGGCUUGCGUGAGGUGAGUUUUGUUUCUGAGUAUAGCUAAGAUCUCAAGAAACUUAUUUUAUAUUUCUUGAUAAACCAAGCUUGCAUGAGGUGGGUUUUGCAUCAAGUAUAUUAUUUCCCAUAUUUUGUGGCAAACAAAUUCUUAUUUUUGAGUUCUC